AUGGAGAAAUCCAAAGCAGACCUAGAAAUAACUGGAGACCCUGAGGGUGAAUCCAAUCAAGAUCUUCUGCCUGAGGAACCUGCUACUCGCCCUACCUGGGGAUCAAAGGCUCAGUAUAUCCUUGCCCAGGCUGGCUUUUCUGUUGGACUCGGCAAUGUCUGGCGUUUCCCCUACCUGUGUCAUCAAAAUGGUGGAGGUUCUUUUCUGCUGCUAUACCUGCUCCUCCUCGUCGUCAUUGGGAUCCCUCUCUUCUUCCUGGAGCUGGCAGCCGGGCAGAUUAUCCGACAGGGCAGCAUUGGCGUCUGGAAGCACAUCAGCCCCCGCCAAGUAGACAUCGGCUUUGCAAGCUGUGUGGUGUGUUCUUUUGUUGCCCUAUAUUAUAAUGUCAUUAUGGCAUGGAGUCUUUUCUACUUGGGUAAUUCUUUCCAGUUUCCCCUUCCGUGGAGUGAUUGCCCAGGAGCAGAAAAUGAAACAGUCACAGAAUCUGAAUGCACGGACAGUUCUCCCACUGUCUAUUUCUGGAACCGAAAGGCCUUGCACAUUACCAACUCCAUAGAGGAGAGUGGGGGUCUUGACCCAGCCCUUGCUGGCUGCCUCUUUGCCGCUUGGGUGCUGGUUUGUCUUGCCAUGAUCAAAGGCAUUCAAUCAUCAGGCAAGGUUUUGUAUUUCAGCUCACUGUUCCCUUAUGUGGUUCUCUUGUGCUUCCUUGUACGUGCUUUGCUGCUAGAAGGGGCAGCUGAUGGAAUCAGGAUCAUGUUCACCCCUAAGCUGUCCAUUUGGGGAGAUAUGCAGGUCUGGUGUCAGGCUGCCACUCAGGUGUUCUUUGCCCUGGGUCUGGGCUUCAGCACCAUCAUUGCUUACUCCAGCUACAAUCCUCAGCAUAACAACUGCCACAUUGAUGGGUUGCUUGUGUCUGGCAUCAAUUUCCUUACCUCGGUGCUGGCCACACUGGUGGUUUUUGCCGUGCUGGGUUUCCGAGCCAAUGUGUUGGCACACAAGUGUGUUGUAAGAAAUGCAAAUCUUUUGACUGAGCUAGUGAAGAAUGGUCCCCUUUCAGCUGUACUUCCUGCAAACUUGUCUGAAUUUUCACCUGCUCAAUACAGCAAUUGGUAUCAGGAUGAAUGGAAUGAAACAAAGAAGCAAUUGCAGGAGUGGAAAGUUGGUGACUGUCGUGUAGAAGAUGAAAUGAAUAAGGGUGUGGAAGGGACAGGCCUGGCCUUCAUCACCUUCACAGAAGCUAUGACCCUGUUUCCAACAUCCCCUUUCGGGUCUAUACUGUUCUUUUUUAUGUUGCUCAAUUUAGGGCUAAGCACCAUGUUAGGGAACAUGCAAGGAAUCAUCACACCUUUACUGGACAACUUCCACAGUCUCCACUGUCGGCGGACGCUCUUCACAGUCGUGUGCUGUAUGAUUGGAUUCUUGCUGGGCUUGGUUUUUGUUCAGGUCUCAGGCAACUAUUUUAUUUCUAUGUUUGAUGACUAUUCAGCCACUUUGCCCCUGCUUAUUGUUGUAGCUGGCGAAGCUUUUGCCAUAGCCUGGAUCUAUGGAGCUGACAGGUUCUUGGAUGACAUAGAAAACAUGCUGGGCUGGCGGCCGUGGAAAAUCUACAGCUACAUGUGGCGCUUUGUGAGUCUGGCAGCAAUGUUGUGCCUGUUGCUAGCGAGUUUGGUAUACUUGCUCAUGAAGCGCCCCACCUACACCGCCUGGAACAGAGAAAAGGCAGAGGAGGAGCAGCUGGAAUACCCACCAUGGGCCUUGGGCCUUCUCAUUAGCCUGAUUGUUGUGGCUGCUCUACCCAUUCCAGUCAUGUUUCUUAGACAGCUCUUGCUGGAAAGGUUUUCCCAACACAGCCACAACUCUGGCCAGAUACCU